UUGCGGCACAGGCCUCCCCUCCACCCCAGGGGAGGGUGGAGGCAUGGAGGGACCGGCUCCCCUUUGCCCCCACUGGCAGAGGCCCGGGAGCCGCCCCUCUGGCACCCAUAAAAGCAGCCAGGGCCGUGGCGGGCACUGUGGAGACAUGGCAGCUGGCCGGGUGCAAGUGGGGGUCCUGCUUCUGCUGGGCGCAGCCCUGUGUGCGGCACAGCCACGCGGUCGGAUCCUGGGGGGCCGGGAGUCAGGGCCCCACGCCCGUCCCUACAUGGUGUCCGUGCAGGUGGACGGCAAGCACGUGUGUGGGGGAUUCCUGGUGGCCGAGCAGUGGGUGCUGAGUGCUGCCCACUGCCUGGAGGACGUCGGCCCAGGGAAGACGGUGCAGGUGCUCCUGGGCGCCCACUCGCUGUCGCAGCCGGAACCCACCCAGCAGCGCUACGACGUGCUCCGCGCGGUGCCACACCCGGACAGCCGGCCUGACACCAUUGACCACGACCUGCUGCUGCUGCAGCUCCCGCAGAAGGCCACCCUGGGCCCCGCCGUGCAGCUCCUGGCGUGGCAGCGCAAGGACCGCGACGUGGAGGCGGGCACCCUGUGCGACGUGGCGGGCUGGGGCGUGGUGAGCCACACUGGGCGGCGGGCCGACCGCCUGCAGCACCUGACGUUGCCCGUCAUGGCCCGCGCCACCUGCAACCAGCGCACCUACCACGACGGAACCAUCACCCAGCGCAUGAUGUGCGCAGAGAGCAACCGCAGGGACAGCUGCAAGGGCGACUCCGGGGGCCCGCUGGUGUGCGGCGGCGUGGCGGAGGGCGUGGUUACGUCGGGCUCGCGCGUCUGCGGCAACCGCAAGCGGCCGGGCAUCUACACGCGCGUGGCCAGCUACGCCGCCUGGAUUGACAGCGUGAUGGGCGGCGCCGCCUGAGCCGCCCGCAAUAAAGCCUGCAGCAUCCGCCCGCCCGCCCC